GAAUGAUCCUGCCCAGAGAAGUCAUUUUCUUUUUAUUGCCAAGUUAGAAAUUUGUUAAAAAAAUGUGAAAAUGUGCUGAUUGGCUUCAAAUGAAAUCUGCCGGUUCUACUUCACCAUUGAUGGAGUGAAUUCUGAUUUUUUGUAUAAAAAUUUACAUGUGAUGAUGGCAGCAGUUCCGGAUCUAGCAGCAAUUGGAAUCCAAUGCUAGAAUUGGAAAAUUUUGGGAUUCUGGGUCCUGCAAGAAAUGGUUAGUGAAGAAUUGGGUUUUGUCUUUUUUUGAUUAUUGGUUUCUGGAUUUGAACCAAAUUGCUUAAUAUUGAAUUCUUGUAUUAUGUUUAAUUAGUAUUUUAUGUAUUUUUCCCUCUCUCAUUGCUUACGUCCAGAUCUGGACCAAGAAGGGCAAAUUGUCUCUGACAUACGCACACCCAGAAACUCCCUAUAAAAAAAAACAAAAAAGAGAAGAUCUGCUUCUAAGUUCUAACCCGCAUAUCUGACAUGCCCCCAAUGACUUAGGGAUAUUAGAAUCUGGUCAAGAGAAUCAAACAAACUACCAGAAAAGAUUCUCACACUUCUUCGAUGAAUACUAUAAUGUGAAUGGCCAACUGGGUCUUGCUUAUUUUUCUCUGAAAAAAGAGUAUAGAUUGAUCGAGACUCUAUAAUAGUUGUUGUGUUUUGGUAAUUGGUAUUCGAUAAUAUGGAUGAUUUUCCAAAAAUGUUGUUUGGGUGGAGCUGGGAAGAGAACAAGCUAUUUGAGCUGGCUUUGGCAGCAGUUGACGAGGAAAACCCUGAUCGGUGGCAAGUGGUUGCAUCCAUGCUUGGAGGAAAGAAGAGUGCAGAGGAUGUGCAAAAACAUUAUGCGAUUCUUUUGGAGGAUUUGCAGUUUAUAGAGUCAGGUGAAUUGGAUCAUACACUUGUUGAAGAAGCUCAGGCUUGUGUUGAAGUUGAACGUACUCCAUCUGUCUGUUGGACAGAAGAAGAUCAGAAGGUCAACCGAGUGGACCCAGUUUUGCUACUCUGCUAAAUAUCGUUAAGUUAUUGACAAACUCUGUUCGUGUCUUCUUCGGCCUGCACAAUCAUCCUCGUAUAUAAUUCAGAUGUCUCCAAAAGCCAACAUUAGGCCAGUUAGCUGCUGAUUGAGAAAUACAUGCAAUUCUUGCUCAGAAAAAUCUGCUAUAGUUUUCUUAGUGAUUUUGCGUUGUUGCAUGUUUCUAACCAAGAAUUCAACCAUAUUUCUCCAGCAUACUUCAGCAAACAUCUUCAUCCCAGAAGCAGCUAUCAGAUUGCUUACUGCUACUGGUUCAUUUUUCUCUAUAUGGUUUCUUUAAGUCUGUGGUGUCUGGUUAAACUUUACUCUGAUGUAAUUUCUUGCUUCAUCAGUGAAAGUCUGCUGUUAAUUUCAUUUUAAACUCAUAAAAAUCGUGAUUCAUUUC